ACUACUGCCACUACGCACUGUAAGGAAGACGCGUCGACGUAGAGUUUGGGAUCGGUGGGCAUUGGGUGGCGUCGUGGCGAUGGAGGCCCUGUGGACGAUCCUGUGCGUGCUGGGCAUCGCUGCCCAAACCCUGGCACAAGUGAAUUUCCCCUGGGACGACGGCCCAGGGUCCGACGUGGAUCGAGGAGGAUUCGGGUGUGAUGUGCACAAUGGAAGUUGUGAGAUGUGCGUAAGGGAUCUGAAGUGCCUAUGGUGCAACAACACCUCACUGUGCCUUGAUUAUCCGAGAGGCCGCAUUCUGCCACACGGGCUGAACUGCUCACUGUCCGAUGUUCACUGGGGCAUCUGCUGGAUCAAUUUAGAGGUUCUGCUCAUCGCUGCAGCGGUCGUGGCUGGCGUGCUGAUAAUCACCAUCGUCGUCUGCUGCUGCUGGUGCUGCUGUCGCUGCUGCAAGCAGCCUCAAAGUUCUAGGGAUGAAGAACAGUGGUCUCGGGAGCAGGAGGUGAAAAAGCGGCAGGCCCAGAAGAGGAAGGCCGAGCGAAGGGCUAAGCAGGAUCAAAUCCGCAAGAAAUAUGGUUUGCUGAAGGACGAGGAGGCUCACUCGCUGUUGAUCUAAGAGCCGGGGGGCACCUACCCUUAAGGAGCGGUGUUCUCUGCAAGGUCAACCCUUCACCUAAACAGCACACGGGGAUUUCUGUUUGCACGUUGGAAUACGCUGCUAUCGGUGGGAGAGAGCGAGGGAGAGCAGAGUAGGAGGAGGAGGGUGAAUUAAUGACCAUCCUGGGAGAUCAACACAUCAGCACCACUAGCUCAUCUGUACAUUUACUUCAUCUGCCCCCCUGCCCCUGCACAUCCCUCGCCACAUCCUCAACCUAUUUGUGAUCUGACACGCGGUGAAAUUGGUUUAAAGAGAGCCAGUGGCGAGGCAUUAGUCUCAUUUGUAGAGCCCCUUUUGUGUUUUAUUAAUCGCGACCUCCAGGUGCUUGGAAUCGAAGCAACUGAAGAAUUAACGUAAAUUAACGCGCUCGUGUCAUGCAAUCAAUAAUCUCGACCUGACAUGAUUGUAAAACAACAGCCGCUGUGGGCCUGUGUUUCUCAACUCAGUCCUAAUUCCCCCCCCCUACUCGGGUCUGACUUUUCUUGAUUGACCAGUUUUUAUAUUUAUAUUCAAAUUAAGCCAGUGCACAGUGCAUCCAUGAUACGUAAAGAUUCUGAUUCUGAAUGGUUGGUGAUCCUGGAAAGCUGGAGUUGAGAAACAUUGGUGUAGAUGGCAGUAAGGUCACGUCUCACCACUGAUGAGUGAUAAGCAGUGAGUGCAACCCAGUUUCCGCCCUUCCUGCCUAUCCAUCCUGUCUGUCCAACCACGUCCACUGUCACUGUUCGUCGUACUCGCCCACAACAUCCACCUGCCUGAUUUGUCUACCGUGUGUAGCCCCAAUGUCUACCCUCGCUACCUCUCCACCUUGCCCAUUGAACUGCGUCCACUUUUAAAAUCCAUCCUAUUCAUCCACUGUGUCUAUCCUGUGUGGCCCCCCAUUUAUCCCCCCCCCCCUGCCCAUUCACCUCGGUUUUCCACCCUUUCUGUUCACAUUCAUUACACUUGCUACGAGGAUGGUGGUCUAAUUGUCACAGGGCACAGCCACAUUUGAUUAAAGAUAGAAAAUAAGAAAAUUCACGAGUGGUUUUUAUUUAAUCUUCAAAAAAUGUGGCCGUUAUAUCGUGCACAAAUACUGUAUGCAUCUGAGAUUAUAUUCCCAUUGCUAUUAUGUGUGCUACACACUGGACAUUGUUUAUUGUGCCGUUAUUUGUUUUUCUUCACCGAUAAAACACUUUUCUUUUCUCGUGUGUUUUAAAGCUAAAUGUGAAAAGUUACGUAAUUUUUUUUGUGUUCAUAAAAAUACACUUUAGUAAUCAAAUGGAAUGCGUUUGUGAAUUGACAACAGCUGUCUAUAUUGAAUCUUACAUUCCAGGUGUUCUUCACGAUUUUCUUAGGUCUCUUUGUAUAUCUCAUGUGUAUAUGUGGCUACUGAAAUGGUUUUGUUUAAGCUGUGCACCGGGAAUUAACAAAUGGUGUUGGGUUCAAAUUAGCCUGAAAAUAAAUGUCCCUGAAUCUC